AUGGAAUCGCAACCGACUUCAAAAGCUUUGCACCUCCGCAUAAACAAUGAUAUCUCCCAAUUGCUCCAGCGAUUCGAAAAUAUUAUGGCUACAACUACAGUCGAUAGUACCAGCCACACGACGACGGCUGUCGAAACGUACCAGCUUGAUGUUGAAUCCACAGCAUUGGUCCGCGCUGCGGAAGACAUCCUCUCCUUAACCCGAUCAUUGAAAGAAACAUGGCUGUUCGGGAAACUCGAUACUCUAGGUGAAGAUGAAUCGGAGACGAAGCGCAGAGAGGAAUUGGAGAGGGACGCUGCGGUUAUUCAGAAGGUCAUCGAGGAUGGUGGGAUAUUGAAGCCGGCGAAGCAGUAG